CUAUCAUCUAUUAAAAUGUCCGCCAAUGAAAACGACCGGGACAACAAUCCCGAUGUGAUACUGGAUAAGUUGCUUCGCAAAGCGCGCGAAAAGGAAUCACGGUGGGAUCGGAUUCGCCGCAAGCAUCUGAACAAUCUCACCGUAACGUCGAAGACGGUGAAGAAAUUUAUCAACAUGGACUUUGUCGACGAAACCCAGCUGCGGAUGAUGAUGUCGGGUAACACAGUAGGACCGGGUGGAACGAAACCGAUUCUCGAUCCGGUGCUCGUGAUGGACCUCCGGCACGACAUGAUCCGCCGGAAGGAUACGAAUUCUCCGGCUCGUGAAACUCCUCACAAACUGCCUAUCGAUCCCGUGAAGGCGUAUCAGCAGGAGAACCUGGAAAACCACAACCGGACGAUCGAGCUGACGCUGUGCGAGAAUGAGUUGAACAAGUUUCGUAAGCAAAUUGAGCAGCUGAGUAACGGCGGUGGAGCUGGAAAAACGGCACAAAUAAGCUCGCAAAAACGCAGCAUUUUGUACAUUAACAUUCCGAAAAUCGACAACGGCAUGAUCUACGAGAGCUUGGAGGAGUGCGAGCGGUACACGACCCAAUUCUACCACAAUGCAAUCGAGGGCACCGAACAACUGCUCCAGGACGCAAAGGAUGAUGACCUGGGAGUGCUAAAGGAAACUGCUACGAUCGAAGAGAUCAUCGAGCGGGAAGAGCUGGAAGUGGAUAAGGAUUGCGAGCGAUCGAAAUCCUGCGUAGCUACGAACAACUGCCCUGAGCUUCCGGAUCGUCCUGCUUCUGCUGAGGAGCAGGAGGAAGAGAUGGCCGACCAGGAUGAGGAUAGCAAGAUUGUGCGCUUUGGCAAUACGAAAGUUUACACGUUUCCGGCGGAUGAUUCAUCGUUUUCGCUCGGGUCGGAAUAUGAUUUCGACGAUAACGAUCUCUUUCUAGAGUCGCUCGAUUCUGAUGUUGAUCAGUUCGAUGAAACGGAAUUUCGCUCCACCGACAGCACGCCAGAAUCUGGCGUUAACGAGGAAACCAACAAACGGAUUGCAUUCCGGACGGAUAGCAGCGAAUGUUUGACGAUAUCCCGCAUUGACACGUCCGCGUCCGGAAGUGGGUCUAAAGAGGAGGACACCAGUUCGGGGUUUUCGCGUGAGAAGCUCGCGUACAACUACGACGAGGAGGAGGAAUCGGAGCUGUUGGAGAUCGCGCCGUCCGCCGAAAGGCUGGCCGAAACGGACGCUAUUAUGGUGCGAAAGUGUGAUCUGAAGGAUUACAGCGAGUUGUGUGUCACCAACUGCAGACCGGGCACAGGCUCCAAGGACGAUCGUGUCGAACUGACGGAGGAAUCACGCAAGGUCAUAAGCAACGCGCUGAAGGAAGGAUACCUGCAGAAUCACGCCCGAGCUAUACUGAAGCAGUUUUUCUUCAAGUGGCUUCAGUACACGAUACUGGAAAAGAUUUCGAAAGGUGCAGGCGUGACGAGCACGCGAGAGCAGAAACUCAAGCGCAUCAAUGAUUUUAUCAGCAACAUCCGACACAACCGCAAGAAGGGGACACUUCGGAGUAAUAAAUCUGCCACCGACACUGGUCAACCCACGUCGGUGAAGAAGGAGUACGAGCAUCGGUUGAAGGUGCAGCAGGAUAUUAUAGAGCUGCAGAAGCUGAAGCUGGAACGGCAGGAGCGCAUCAUAACGGAGCUAAAGCUGUCCAAGUUUUCCGAGGCGGCCAAAAUCUCCAAAAUGGAGAUCCAAAGCGAACUGCUGAAAGCCGCCCGUACGGGCCACGUGCGGCUACGCGCCAAAGCAAAGUGCAUCCAGAUCGUCGGUAACAUUAAGGCAGACACGACGGAGGAGGAUGAAAUGCGAAAGCUGCAAGCCCAAGGGCUGAUGAUACCAAAGUUUCUCGCCAAAAUGCAACAGCGUGCGCUCGAGCGAAGCCAGCGGCACCAAGAGGCGAAGGAACGGCGCAUGCGGCAGGAAAAGGAGCGUGAGGACGCCAAGCAAGCGGCCGAAGAAGCGAAACGCCAGGAGGACGAGGAAGCCCGCAAGCGUCGCUACCGGGAAAUGCGCGAAAAGCGAAAGCUGGAAAAGCUGCAGAAGAUCAUCCGGGAGCAGGAGCGCCAGGCUUGGAUCGCUAACAACCAAAUUGCGCAGGAGUUCCGCUUGCUGAAGCUGAAGCGUUUUGGAAUGUUCGCGUUCAAGUUGCUGCUCGGCAUUCGCCACGAGAACGAGCGGCGUUCGAUCGCGUUCCGGAGGCGCUACUUUAAGCGCAAGUACUUCCGGCGAUGGUGGGAACUGACCAAUGCGCUGUGGGAAAGUAAGAAGGCUCUUGCUGAUCAGCUCCACGAGUGCAAACUGUACGCGAUUGCCGUGCGACACUGGAAGAUGUACAUGCACGAGCAACGAUGCAAGCAGCAAGUGGCCAUCGACUGGUACGAGGUACGAAUGACGGAAAAGGUCAUUUCGGUAUGGGUCGGAAAGACGAAACAUUCGCUGAUGAUACUGCAGGGCAAGAUAUCUCACGCGGCGUCCCACUACGAAUGGCAACUGAAAUGGAAGGUGUUCGAGCGAUGGCAACGUCUGCAUAUAAUAUUACGCAUCGAAAAAGAAACCGAAAUGCGCCGCCAACGAUGGAGGAUGAAAAUUUGGGAACUGCUCCCGGAUUACAAACCGAUCGAGGAAGAUAUCUAG